UAGUUUACACUUCAUCACGGUACCCUUUUCCACAGAAGAUGUGCCCCGCCUGCCAGAGCGGGAAAACGCCAUGUCAGAUAUAUUCGCCGCCAAUGAAGGGGCUAUGGAACUGCUGAACCUGGUGGAAGGGGAUAUCAGAAUACCGGAGGAUGAAGAACCCCACCACCUUAAGAAGAGGAACGCCGUACCGUACAAGGACAACACCUGGGCACCGUACAGGGACGACAAAGUUGUACCGAUCUCUAUCAGCCAAGAUCUGCCUCCUGCAGCGCAAAUUGCGGUUCAACAGGCCAUUGACGAGUACCACAGGAAAACCUGCAUCCGGUUCAAACAGCGUACAAACGAGAGGGAGUACAUAUACUUCUUCAGGGACGUGGGCUGCUGGUCUUACGUCGGACGCGUGGGCAGCCAGCCGAACAGGAUAUCACUGGGUAACGGCUGUGAGACGAAGGGCAUCGCCGUGCAUGAGAUAAUGCACGCGCUCGGGUUCUGGCACGAGCAGAGCCGAUACGACAGGGACAACUUCGUCACUAUCUUCCUGGACAACGUUAUUCCCGGAAGGAACGGAGAGAAAGACUUUUACUACGGGAACUUUGACAAACUGACCAGAAUCAACAGCCAGACGCUGGACACGACAUACGACUAUCACUCCGUCAUGCACUACCCCACCGACGCUUUCGGGAAGAGCGGGAAAAUCACCAUCGAGCCCAGACUGGGCAAACAGCUGUACAAGUGGCUCGGGCAACGGAACGGUCUGAGCGAGAUCGACACUCUGAAAAUCAACAGGCUGUACGAAUGUGACAUGGUAGUGUGCACUGCCGAGCCUGAUGUGUUCGCCUGUCAACAGAAGUGUGUGAAACUGAAGAGCGGCUUCACCUGCGGCUGUCACCGGGGCUUCUCUCUGGACAGCGACGGAUAUCACUGUUCUGAUGUGAACGAAUGCGCCGAUGGAAAUUUCGGCUGCUCACACAAGUGCGUCAAUCUGAUCGGAGGAGCCUACUGCGCAUGUCCGAAAGGGCAUCACCUGAGCGACGACGGAAAGACCUGUAUAGAAACUAACGAAUGUGCGCUAGGAAACGGCGGUUGUGAACAGCUGUGCACCGACAGCCUCGGGUCGUUCCAAUGUUCCUGUUACAGCGGCUUCAAACUCAGGCGGGACGGAUACACAUGCGAGGACGUGGAUGAAUGCGCGUCACGUGACCACGGCUGCCAACAGGAGUGCGCCAACUACGUGGGCGGGUUCCACUGCGCAUGUCAGGAGGGGUACGAGCUGCAGAGGGACGGCCGGACUUGUGAAGAGAUCCACUGUUACGGACUGGCGGUGCCUGUCAGAGGGUCGGUCUAUCCAGCAGAGAACUGUUCCACCAACGGCGCACGCGCAGGACAGCACUGCGUCUUCUCAUGUGACCCUGGGUACGAGCUGGUCGGCAGCGAGAAUCGAACGUGUCUGAUCAACGGAUCCUGGGAAGGAGAGCAUACAGACUGCAAGGCCAAGCUGUGUGACGUACUGGCCCCGCCUAGUAACGGUUCGCUGUCGCCCCCCUCGUGUACGGACCCGGGCGCGUUGCGUGUCGGGAAGGAGUGCGUGUAUGUCUGCGGGCCGGGACUGGUGCUGAACGGGACAGAGGCUAGGGUCACGUGUUCGACGGGGCCAAACGGUACCAUGGUCUGGGACAACCUGGAAACGCCCACGUGCAUUCUAGACGAGAAUCCAUGGAUGCAGUGUCCCCACAGACUGCACGUCCCGACCAUCCCUGGAAGAGACUACGGCACCGCCAACCUUACUGCGCCUCUGACAAAUGUAGAACAGGUCUUUGUUGAUGGGAACUUGACACUCGGACCGAAUAACUUCACCGUGGGGGAGACUACCGUGUUGUUUUACGGCUUCACGGCUGGUGGGGACAGGGUAGAGUGCGAGACAGCAGUAGUGGUUACAGAUGACGAGCACCCUGAGUUUGACAACUGUCCGGAAUCUUUCGAGAUGAACAGCUCCCGCCAGUUCCCACAUGUGCACUGGGAGAAACCGGAGGUGCGGGACAACGUGGGGGUGGUGGCUGUGAAGAGGAGGCGGUUACCCACUGGCCGCAUCACGUGGGGCGAGUACAGCGUGCGGUACACCGCCAGGGACCGGGCAGGGAACCAUGCCGUCUGCAGGUUCAACAUUCACGUUAAAAAACCAUCCUGUCCGCCCUUGCCUCCCCCCACCCACGGCAGCCUGACGUGUGACUGGUGGCACAUGGGGCAGUUCUGUGACCUGACCUGCAGUACCGGGUACGCUCCACAGGGGGAGAGCGCUCGCUAUGUUUGUGGCACCCGCGGAACAUGGACGCCCAGGACUCCUCUACCCAGCUGUCUGCCCAUCUACACCCCAUCUACACCAGAGACUGCUACUGCUCAGUGA